AUGAGGAAUUGUACAGAUGUUCUGUGCUGCAUGGUCUUCGCACUGUUUGUUUUGGGCUAUAUUCUUUUAGGACUUGCAGCCUGGGUACAUGGCGACCCUAGGAGAGUGGCCUAUCCUACAGACAGUGACGGUCACUUUUGUGGCCAGAAGGGCACCCCCUAUGAGAACAAGACCUUUUUGUUUUACUUUAACCUGUUCAGCUGUGCCAAUCCCUCUGUGCUGAUCAAUCUGCAGUGCCCUACCACACAGAUCUGUGUCUCUAAGUGCCCAGAGAAAUUCUUAACCUAUUUGGAAAUACAAACGUUGUUCAACAGGGACAAAAGCGACUGGGAAUACUACCGUCAGUUCUGCAAGCCCUCUGCUAAGCUUAUGAAGACUAUCUCAGAAACCUUACUGGAUAAUGAUUGUCCAAAAGCAAUUUUUCCAGGCAAACCUUUUCUCCAGAGAUGCUUCCCUGACUUCUCUACUAAAAAUGGCACUUUAACAAUAGGAGCUAGAAUACUGUUUGAAGAUGGAAGUGGAAAGACAAGAAAUGCUAUGGAACUCCGACAGGCUGCAAAUGGUGUCAAUAAAAUCCUUGAAGCAAGAUCAGUUGGACUGAAAGUAUUUGAAGACUAUGUAACAACUUGGCAUUUGAUUCUUAUGGGCCUGAUUGUUGCCAUGAUCCUUAGUUGGUUGUUUCUGAUUCUUAUGAGGUUUAUAGCUGGAUUCCUCUUCUGGUUCUUCAUGUUUGGUGUGCUUGGAAUUUUAGCAUAUGGAAUAUGGUACUGUUAUAAGGAAUACAUCACUCUUCACGAACAACCAAGUUCUUCAUUAACUGUAUAUGAAAUCGGGAUUCAGACUAAUAUGAAUAUGUAUUUUAAUUUGAAACAAGCAUGGUUUGUUUUAACGAUAUUUCUGUCGAUCACUGAGGGGAGUGUCAUAUUCCUGCUGAUCUUCCUCAGGAAACAAAUCCGUGUCGCCCUUUUCUUGAUGAAGGAAGGGAGCAGAGCCAUUGGAUGCAUCCCUGGUACAUUACUUUAUCCAAUUCUAACCUUCAUUUUGCUCUCAAUCUGUAUUUCCUACUGGGCUGUGACAGCGAUUUUCUUGGCUACAUCAGGAAUACCUAUAUACAAAGUCGUAAUCCCACAGGGGCAGUGUGUACAUGAAAAUAAAACCUGUGACCCAGAGGUUUUCAACACAACCGAUAUUCCAAAGGUUUGCCCUGGGGCUCUCUGUAACUUUGCUUCCUAUGGUGGAAAAAGUCUGUACCAUCAAUACAUCUCUGCAUUCCAUGUAUAUAAUCUAUUUGUCUUCCUCUGGCUUGCAAAUUUUGUCAUUGCACUGGGUCAGUGUGCCCUUUCUGGUGCAUUCGCAACUUAUUACUGGACCGGGAAUAAAUGUGAUGACAUCCCACCACAUCCACUUUUUACUUCAUUUGGACGAGCUCUACGAUAUCACACAGGAUCUCUGGCGUUUGGAUCUUUACUUAUUGCAUUAAUUCAAUUCUACAGGAUUGUCCUGAAGUACAUGGACAGGCAUCUUAAAGAUUCUCAGAGCAACAUUGCAAAAUUCUUUCACUGCUGCCUAAAAUGCUGUUUCUGGUGUUUGGAAAAUGUGGUGAAAUUUUUCAAUAAAAAUGCGUAUAUUAUGAUUGCAGUACAUGGUGAAAACUUCUGCACGUCAUCAAGAGAUGCUUUCAACCUGUUGAUGAGAAACAUUGUGAAAGUUGCAGUGACAGAUGAAGCUACAUUUUUAAUAUUACUUCUGGGGAAAAUUCUGGUUACUGGGAUUAUAGGGGUCCUGGCCUUCCUGCUCUUCACGGAAAGAUUGCCAAUUAUUGUAGAAGGGCCAACAUCUUUAAAUUACUACUGGGUACCUCUGCUGACUGUCACUUUUGGAUCUUACCUAAUUGCACAUGGCUUCUUCAGCGUCUAUGCAAUGUGUGUUGAGACAAUUUUCAUCUGCUUCUUGGAAGAUUUAGACAGAAACAGUGGCACUGUUACAAGACCUUAUUUCAUGACUGGAUCUUUGCUGAAGAUUUUGUUGAAGGACGAUAUAGGAACUAAGCGCCAGUAGAAGAGCAAACCGAUCACCCUGGAGCGAUUGGAAGGGAAACUUCUAGGAGUUACAAAGGGAAACUACCCCUCAAGAGGGUACUCACAGAUGUCAUGUCCUGAUCAGCUUCAUAAUAAAUUGUUUAUUUUCACUAAA